AUGAGAGGGACACUGAACAAAUAUUGCAAUGCAACGUGUUGUACAUUCACAUGGGGUAGUCCAUGUUUUGAAUCUCAGGGAUGCCUGGUGACUCGAGCUGGGGACAAACACACAGCAAUUCUGCUCAACACUUGUCAAAGGAACAUGCACCUGUCUUUUAUCCUUUUGUUCCUCCACCUGUGGGGGAAUGUAGAAGUGUCUUUGUCACAAAAUGCGUGUUCAAAGCUUCCAGACGUUCCUCACGCCUAUGCUUCUCCAGAGUACAAGGAAGGAGAUGUGAUACAGUUCACUUGUGAAUCUGGUUAUAGAUCAGAUCAAACCUCCAAAUAUAUAUGCACGAGUAAUGGCUGGCUGACAGUCCGUCAGGGAAUAUGCUACUCAUGUUCGACGCUCCCCAGUGUACUUCAUGCCCACAUUUCUGAAGAGACCAGAAAAUCUGAGUACCAAGUAGGAGAUGUAAUACAUUUCACAUGUGAAUCUGGAUAUACAUCAGAUCCAUCCAUCACAUAUGUAUGCUCCACCGCGGGCUGGGUGGCUGUCCGUCAGGGAACCUGCAACUUUUCAGGUUUGAGCUGUGACCCCCCGCCUGUCAGUGCAGGGAUCAUAAUAAAUGGUCUGCCAGAAAAUAACAAUCCCAUACAUCCUGAUCACGUCCUCACAUUCAGCUGUGAUGGCCCUGAAAAAUAUCUGCAUGGCAGUUCAGUGCUGACAUGUGGCAGAGACGGACAGUGGGAUAAUCCAUUCCCCUCUUGCACAGAGAAAUGCAGAGUCACAGGAAUACCAGACAACGUAAACGUCUCACCAUCUGUACGACAGCUAACAACGGGACAAAAGUUGACCUUUUCUUGUCGCCAGCGUGGUAACUUUAUUCGUGGGGCAGCAGAAGUUAAAUGUUUAGCAAAUGGACAGUGGAGUGAUCCCUUUCCAACCUGUGGAGCUCCUUUAGGUUGUGGGAGACCACCAACUCUUGCAGAUGGAGACACCAAGGAAACCAUUCAGCUCAGGUACGGACAUAAUGACAGGGUUGAGUUCAUCUGCCAGAAUUUCUACGUUAUGCAGGGUGGGCCCUUCAAAACAUGCCUCAAUGGUGAAUGGACUGGAGAGAUAACAUGCCUCAAACCCUGCACUGUGGACAGAGAACUCAUGAGCAGAUAUAAUAUUGCAUUCAGAUAUACUUAUCAGGAUAAGCUGUAUGUAGUCCAUGAUGAUGUAACUGAGUUUGCCUGUACCAGAGGAAGACAUACCGGCUCACUGGGAAUGCGUCAGAGGUGUAUUGAUGGUGUGCUGCACCUGCCCUCUUGCCAGUGA